AUGCCGCCUCCCCCUCCACCUCACCCUCUCACCCCAGGCCCUCACACCUUCCACUCCGCAUCCAAAAACCUCACAUUCGAAUACAUUAUCCACACUAAUGCUCCUCAACCUAUCUCCCACGACCACCACCACUACAACAACCAUAAUCUAAUAAUAAUUCACCCCCCAGCAUGGGGUCUCGGCUCCUCAUACCUCCAACACGACCUAAAUGGACUCCUCACCCCAUCUCCAUCCCCCUCAAACCCAAAACCCAAACCCUACAUCCUCCUAUUCCACCACCCCCGCGGAACAGGCCGUAGCACGCGACCCACCUCUCAAACAGCCAUGUCCUCGUUCGAACUAGCAACCGAUCUUGAAGACUUACGAAUCCAUCUGAACCUAGAAAAGAUACCCACGCUACUGGGCCAUUCGAACGGCGGGGCGAUUGCGUUGGCCUAUGCGGAGAUGUAUCCGGAGAGGGUGGAGAGGUUGGUGUUGGUCGGGGGACAGUUGAUUGGGUUUAAGAGUAUUCGGGCAAAGGAGGAGGAGGAGGAGGAGGAGGAGAAAAAGGGAGGUCAAGAUGAAAAUGACGAUACAGAUCAGGAUGAAGAAAAGGAUGUGCACUGGGAAAGAAGAGUUGGGAAUGAGAAUCAGUAUGAGAACGGGUAUGCGAACGACAACAACGACAACAAUAACCAGAACAAGAACGAACAAAGACAAAGGCAUACAGAUGGAGACAAUCAGCAACACAGCAAAGAACAUAUCUACAACAGGACAGAAACCAACACCAACAUCCUGAAAACCCCCAACCACGACCCCCGCUCCUCCAACAAAACGCAACUCAAACUGGACAAAUCCUCUGACUCGGCAUUCACAGCUUCCGUGAACGCCAUGUGGCCGUUGUACUUCUCCAACCCAGCUGAAUAUGUUCCUGUAUUACUCUCUGCGAUCGGGGGCCACGUGAUGUCAGUGUGGUGCUACGAGGGAGUCUACGGGAGUGAUCGGGUCUACGAAGAGUCCGGGGAGAUGGUUCGUCGGUUAGGGGAUGUGAAGGCUCGGACGUUGAUCAUCGCUGGAGCGGAGGAUCGGGCAUGUAGAGUUGAGAGCGCGGAGAAGAUGCGCAAUGGGAUUGAUGCGAGUAGGCUGGUGGUUUGCGAAGGAUGUGGGCAUUUUCCGUGGAUUGAGGCAAGACUGAAAACGUUGAAUGAGAUUAGGGAGUUUAUUGAGGAGACCUUAUUUUGA